AUGUCCUUCACCGACAACGAUAUGUGUGAUCAAGUAGCCGUCAUUGCCUACGAUCUGGACUCUGCCCUCAACACGGUACCUUCCUGUCUCCAAACUCUUUUGGAGCAAAACUAUCCACUCGCGAUGCUGAAAGAGGAGAAGAUCAAGGAGUUGGUGACCAAAUACGUUCAUUGUCCACAAGUCGGAAAACUGGCACGGCGAAUGUUAUGCAAAACAACUGGAUCUUCUUCUCGUCUUCCAACCGUACAUCUAACUUCUGUUCAACAUGAAAAGAAUUUCGUACGUCGAGUCAUGUCUUCUGAAUCUCGUACCGCCGUGCUUCCAAAAAGAACUGAUCUCGCGCCCAACUCGAAGAAAACGUCAUCCGAUUCAUUACCUUCAGACGACGAACUAAUGGGACUCAUUGCCUCCAAGAGAACGAAUCCAGCCAAAUUCGUGCCAAAAUCGAAAACAGUGCUGACCAAUUCUUCCACGAACUUCAAGAAUAUUCAAACUUCCACUAAAACAAAGAAAUCACCAGAACUGAAGAAAGCCGAGAACGAUCGAAUGGGGAGAAUGAUGAUGGAACGACGUGAAGUGAAGAAAGAGGCGGAAAAGAAAGCAGAAGAAGGAGUCAAGAGUGUCAAACAGAUGUUUAUGGAGGCUCGAAAUCAAAUAAUCGCUGAAGCUCAGAAAGCAAAAAGAAAUUUUUUGUUAACUUGCUUUUUUAAAACGUUUGUUUCAAAUAAUAAAAAUUAUAUAAAAUUCAAAGAUUGUUCUGUUACCGCCAGAGAAAGAAACAAAUUAUGUUCUCUGCUACCUCCGUCUUUAAAAAAAGUUCAUUUCAAUUCUUUAAAAAAUAUCAGGCUUAACGAGGUGUAUUAUUUUUUGCAAGUUCUCCGUUUCAAUUGUAUUGUAUUAUUCGUAUCAACAUUGUUCCAGUACUUCUCUUGGGCAGACAUUAAACCAAUGAGUUAUUCUGAUAUUCCAUCCUAA